GCACCAUGGUCUCCGUUCUGGGUUCGAUGGUCACGCUGCUGUGGUUAUCAAAUGUAAAAAUGUCUGGUUCUGGAAGAAUGCAACUUGUCAUGCUAAAUCUGAAACAAGCAAGAAUCUGUGUUGCAUGAUUACCAAAAGUCGUCCAGUUUUGACCAAGUCGGGAGGGAGUUUCUCAUGCAGGACAGACAUGAGAGAGAUCGCACAGAAUCUGUCAUGCUAGGUCCUGCAUUCCAGACCUCAUGGAUCAUGGAAAAGCUGCAUGACAAAUCGCUCAUUCUUCCAGACCCAGACAUUUUUACAUUUGAUAGUGGUACUUUUUGGUGUUUCGCAACCCGGAGACGCACCUGAACUACCGGAAAGCGUUAUUACAAUGAAUAAUGCCCCCACCCCAGAACGGGGGAGUAUUUGUAAUGCAAACCCUGCCAAAUGGAACAUUCGGCCUCUUGCAUCUAUCAGCAUCACAGAUUUUCAAUCCUGCAUAGCAAAAAUUUGUAUUGCAAAAGAUCCCAGCAAGUGCGGCGCUUGUCAUGCAAGCGAUGCUGUUUACGCCUAGACUCUGCAUCAGAAAGAUUCAAUUAUAUUUUUUUCGCAUGGCGAAAAUUUGGUCCGCCUGACUCCAUGACCUGGUGGCCGAACCAUGUGCGGUAAGGUGCCCUUACAGGUUGUGUAGUGGUUUCGGUCGGUUUAGCAUCACAAAUUAUUGCAACUUUGGGUGGGGGCAGUUUUCAUUGUAAUAAGUGUCGCUGAAGACCGGAAUCGACGCCAAAAUGCGGGACAUUUGCCAGCACGUGCCGGGACUACUUUUCGGGGUCAGUGAGGUGAUCCUGCGGAAAAGAAGCGAGAGGUGCUGGGCCGCGGACGUGGCAGUUACAAUACCGGAAGGAGGAAGUAGAACAACCCAGGCCGGACAAAACACGAUGAACAUGUUCACCAGCAGCUACAUCUUCGGCGGAGGAGGUCCUCUGCAAUUAUGGCCUGCUGGCGAAGCAGCUGGACGGGAGCAAGAGGGGUCAUUUACUUUAUCUUUUUCCUCCGUUUUCGGUGGUGGCGAAAAUGAAAUGGGGACGUCAGUGCCAGCCAUCAACCUCCUGACCGACACCGUCUCCACACUGCUGCCGUAUUUUGCGCUGCAAGCCGCGUUUCAGGUCUACUACUUUUCCUUCAUUUUCGUCAAUUACAAACUGACCAACUCCUGGCCCUACGCGAUUCUCGGAUAUGUGCACAGCCGGGGCGUAAAAGCGUGGGCGCUGUUUAUCAGUUGCUGCUACGUGGCGGCGCUGAUUCUCACCGCAGUCGUGGUGCUGGUUUGACGGAAGAACAGAGAAGGAUGGUGGGUUAUGAAAAGCAGAACUAGGGCUGUGCUGUAAGUUAGUAUCGAUCAUCUUCUAGUUGACCGUAGUCUAUCGUAUUUUCAUCGCACAUUUUAUACACAUACCUACGUCUUUCACUCAGAAUUUUGUACCAAAAAGCCUAAGUUCUCGAGGCCCGGUUUUUUGAAAGCAAAUCCCGGGGCUUCGUUCAUGAAUUCUCUUCUCAAAACGAGGAUAGCGAUAGACGCAAAAAUUUUACUUAGUCACAUCAUGUUGCUAGUUACGUCAUUUUUAUCAACCUUUUGAAAAGAGAAACAGCAUAAAAAAAUCUCUCUAGAGGGCUACCGCAGAUACGUACCGUGUCCGAGAUGGAUAUAAAAGUAAAACAAUGUGCUGUUUCAUCAAGUCGCAGAAAAAUAACACGUCGUUGUAGUUCUUGCAGAAGUGCUCGUAAAAAAGUAGGAUGCUGAAAUCGCACCGCAGGGCUUCUUCAAAUAACUCGUUUUGAACAAAGCUGCUGAAGUUGCGUACGGAGGAGUAAAAGUCAAUGCGCUUAAUGUCAACCGAAUUUUCACGGUGUGAAGACAAUCAACGACG